CCGCGCGCGGGACCUGGCCUGUCGUGGCGGCGGCACGCGGAGCCGGCACCCGGCGGGCCCGGGCGCACGGCGACGGCGCGGGAGCGGGCGAGCCCACGACGCGGCGCCCCCCGCGCCCCCGCCCCCGCUCUGCGGAGAAUGGGCGCCUCGGGCCGCGGGGCGCCGCCGGAGAAUAAACCCCGAUGAUUACGGGCUGAGCCCCGCGCCGCCACCAUGUCCGUGGCCUUCGCGUCCGCGCGGCCGCGAGGCAAAGGGGAAGUCACGCAGCAGACCAUCCAGAAGAUGCUGGACGAAAACCACCACCUGAUCCAGUGCAUCCUGGACCACCAGAGUAAGGGCAAGACAGCCGAGUGUGCCCAGUACCAGCAGCUCCUACAUCGAAACCUGGUGUACCUGGCCACGAUCGCGGACUCCAGCCAGAACAUGCAGUCCCUGCUCCCUGCGCCUCCCACCCAGAACAUGAACCUGGGCCCCGGCGCCCUGAGUCAGAGCGGAUCCAGCCAGGGCCUGCACCCCCAGGGCAGCCUCAGCGACGCCAUCAGCUCGGGCUUGCCCCCGGCCUCCCUCAUGCAGGGCCAGAUCGGCAACGCAGGCCCGAACCACGUGUCCAUGCAGCAGACUGCGCAGAGCACCCUGCCCACCACCUCCGUGAGCAUGUCGGGCAGCAGCCACGGAACCGGGCCCGGCUACAGCCACUCGGGCCCCGCCUCGCAGAGCGUCCCCAUGCAGGGCCAGGGCGCCAUCGGCAACUACGUGUCUCGGACGAAUAUCAACAUGCAAUCCAACCCAGUCCCCAUGAUGCACCAGCAGGCCGCCACGUCCCACUACAACUCGGCGCAGGGCGGGAGCCAGCACUACCAGGGCCAGUCGUCCAUCGCCAUGAUGGGCCAGGGCGGCCAGGGGAGCGGCAUGAUGGGGCAGCGGCCCAUGGCGCCCUACCGGCCCUCUCAGCAAGGCUCUUCCCAGCAGUACCUGGGCCAGGAGGAGUACUACAGCGAGCAGUACAGCCAUGGCCAGGGCGCCGCCGAGCCCAUGACCCAGCAGUACUACCCCGACGGCCACGGCGACUAUGCCUACCAGCAGUCGUCCUACCCGGAGCAGAGCUACGACCGCGCGUUCGAGGAGUCCACGCAGCACUACUACGAGGGCGGCAACUCCCAGUACAGUCAGCAGCAGGCCGGGUACCAGCCGGGCGCGGCCCAGCAGCAGAGCUACUCGCAGCAGCAGUACCCCAACCAGCAGAGCUACCCGGGGCAGCAGCAAGGCUACGGGCCUGCCCAGGGAGCCCCCUCGCAGUACUCCAGCUACCAGCAAGGACAAGGCCAGCAGUACGGGAGCUACAGAGCCUCGCAGACGGGACCCUCUGCCCAGCAGCAGCGGCCUUAUGGCUACGAGCAGGGCCAGUAUGGAAACUACCAGCAAUAAGGGGCAAGCGUUCUUGUUGGAGCCCUCGUUUCCGCGUUCGUCGGGGACUGGACAGGCCGGCGGCAGUUCUCAGAACUGUGGCGCGCGGCCACCCUUCACCCAGUGCGCAUCUGCAUGUGAAACGUGCU